AUGGACGCUAUCUUCAGGAGGGGACACCCCAUCAUGUUCGGCGCUCUUAUACUUUUCUCUAUCAUUGAGAUGUGUAUAGCAGCGUGGCUGACUUCGCGAUACAACACCCGCCAUAACAGUCUCAACUCUGGCCUACGAGCGCGCGUGCGCUACCUCCUUUUCACCUCCAUAUGGUCCAUCAUAUUCUGCUCUGGAUAUUUGGUCAUAUUUUUGGUGGCGGCAGGGAGUGUACUGGCUGGUGUAGCGUCCCAUUUCCUCUUCCUGACGGUGACGUGGAUCCUCUGGCUAGCAGGUGCAGCUGCGAUCACCCAAACCCUCGGAGGCGCGCUGAACUGCGGCACGCAAGACAUCUUUGUCUACUGCGGCCAGCUGAAUGCGCUUGAGGGCUUUGCAUGGCUCAUCUGGGUGCUACUCACCUUCGCCCUCAUCGCGGUGCUCAUACGCGGAAUUAAGUCCGCGAAGAACGGGGAUGGAUACUCGGGAGCGUUGUACGACGCCUAA